AUGAAUCAGAGCAGUACAUCUGUGGUUAAGGAACAUAGCUAUAGUGUUAUAAGCAGAUGUGAGAAAAAGCAACCAGUUAAAGUUGCGUUGAUGGGCUACCAAGCAAGAGCAUAUCAAUAUAAAAUAAAAGCUCUACAGUCAAAUUUAUGUCGCCUGCGUAAAAAGACUCAGAGUCUGAAACAACGUCUUGUUAAUGCUGAAAAAAUAUCUAAUGAUGUAUACUUUCAACAUGUUAUUGCAAACAUGAAAAAACCUGCUCAAAUAUUUAUACAAAUGCAAAAACAGGCAAAGAAAGACGCAAAAGGAAGAAGAUUUUCCACAGAAGAGAAAAUUUUAUGUCUUUCCCUUUUCAAAAAGAGUGCAAAGUGCUAUAGACUUUUGUCUAAAUACUUCACUUUACCAUCAAGUAGAACUAUGAAACGUGUUUUAAGUAAGAUUAAAAUUAGCGAAGGCAUAAACAAAAUUAUAUUUGAAAAAAUAAAGCACUCUAUGAACGAUCAGGAAGUACCUGAUCGAUUGUGCACUCUCAUUUUCGAUGAAAUGUCGAUCACACCUCAGGUGUUUUAUGAUAGCAGUGCUGAUAAAUUUUCAGGAUUUGCCUCCAAUCAAGACACAGCAUUCGCCGAUCACGCUCUUGUAUUUAUGGUAAAAGGCGUGAAAAAACAUUAUAAACAACCAGUAGCUUACUAUUUUACUAGUGGCCUUAAAAAAAAUGAAUUAAAAGAGUUGAUAAAAAGUGUUAUCAAAGAGGUCUUGAAGACAGGUCUGAUUGUGGUUGCAACAAUUUGCGACCAAAGCGCAGUUAAUGUCGGAGCAAUCACAGAAUUAAUUGAAGAAACGAAAGCCACGUAUAUUCGCCAAGGAAAAGAAUGGCAAAAAGAUGUAUUAUAUCUAUACGGAAAAAAAAUUAUCCCUUUAUAUGAUACCCCGCACCUUAUAAAGGGCAUAAGAAAUAAUCUUCUUAAUAAAGAUUUAUACUAUACUGUAAACAAUCAAACAAAAACUAUUAAAUGGGAGUAUUUUGUACAAAUAUAUCAUGCAGAUAAGGCUCAAGGAGAAUUGAGAUUAUUAAACAAAUUAACAGAAGAACACAUUAAUAAAGCAAAAAUUAAUAAAAUGCGCGUCAAGUCGGCUACACAACUAUUUAGCCAUAGUGUUGCAGUUGUCACCAGCCAUUUGGCAGCUAGAGGUGAAGUCCCUACAGAAUGCCAGCAGUUAAUUGACUUCACAUUAUUGAUCGAUAAUAUAUUCGACUCAUUAAACGGAAGUUCAUAUACAGUAAGUAAUGGAAAAAUUUAUAAAGGUCCUCUUAAAAGGAAUUCUCCACACCAUCAGCUGUGGAAAAAUGCUAUUACAAUAUUAAAAACUGUUAAAUUUGUGAACAAAGUGAGAUUGACUGAAUCAAUAGCGCCUUCUGUUAAAAAUUUAAUAAAAACGAUUGAGGGAAUGCAAACCAUCUGGCAAAUUUUAAAUAAAAAAUAUGAUAUGGAUGCAGUUCUCACAAGAAAUUUUAAUCAAGACCCGUUAGAAAAUUUUUUCGGAAGCAUCAGGAGUUAUGGGGCUAGAAAUAUUGCUCCAAACACUGUCUGUUUUGAAGGAGCUUAUAAGGCUUUAAUGGUCAAUAAUAUGAGUUCUCCUCACUCAAAAAGAGCAAAUUGUGAGGAGGAUUCAAAUGAGUGCCUUCAAAAUUUAAAUUUUUAUUUAAAAGAAAAAAUUGAUUGUACUCCUGUUGCUUCCGAAAAUAUCAACUAUAAUUUAAAUCUGGAAGCAUAUGCCCAGUUAAACGAGAAUGAUGCUGGGCAAAGUAAUUAUGUGUGUGGCUGGGUCAUAACUAAAUGUUUAAAAAAAAUUAUUAAAAAAUGUGAGAACUGCAGAAAAAAUAUAUUAGAAAAGAACAAUAAUAUUAAUAACAAUUUCAUAAGACGCAAAGAAUACUGUAAUAAAAGAUGGUUGUGUUACCCAAAUGCUGAAAUGGAAAAAUAUUUUAAAAGUAUACAAAAUAUUGCUGUCUCUGUAUUAAAAAAAAAUGUUUCAAAAAAUAAUAUAAAAAGGUCAAUUCUUUUAUAUGAAGAUUUGUUAAUUGAGUGUCCAUUUAGAUGUCACAUUCAUAAAGUUGAAUUAAAAUCAUAUUUUGUAGAUAUCACUUUAAAUGUGAUUUUACACAGUUGGACCAGGUCAGUCAAUCGAAUUUUGUCUGGAAAGAUUACAUAUGACGGUGACGAUGAAAUGAAAAAAUCAGCGCAAUUAUAUUUCAAUAAACGAAUACAUUACAAAAACAGAAAAUAA